AUGCCACCCGUAUCAAUGCCGUCUAGCCCUAUACCGCCACACGAAUCUAACUGGUAUAAUCCCAAAGCGGGUAGUGGCAGGUCCCUGCCCAACGCCGGCAUUGCGUCAUGCUUGGGACCUGCUCUCAUAUCGAAUCUAUCAACUCCCAGAGCCCAGUCAAGCUCCACACUCCGCGACGGCACCCCAUACAACAGCAUACCAUUGGGAAUAGCCGACACAGACUCUACUCGCGUACCGUCUGUCCAUUCUGGGCAGCACCUCUUCCAAUACCGAUGGAUAUGCAAACCCACAAGAUACCAUCGUCUCUGUUUAUUCGUCGCCCGCAUCCUCAGAACCAUCUUCAAGCGAAAUCCAGCUCUCGUGAACAUUCCACCGCAGCCUUCAGCCCCGAGCCUCGACGAUUAUACCGAAUGUACCGAUUCUACCGAACACCUCCCAACAUGGGUGCUCCCCAGUGAAGCAACGCUGUACGCCAUCUUCAACUCAUCUCUCGCCGCCGACCUCAUCUUAUCGCCUGAGCGCUUCCGAUACCCAGAGUGUUUCUGCUCCUACAUCCUGUACCAUGUAGAGAGCAUGCUGAGGAUCGACGUUACGCGAGACAAGCCCAGCGACAAUUUUGAGUUGCAGCAAGCGAUGGAGCGCAUAUUCAGUGACAGCUUUGCGGAGCAAGUCACGAAGGAGAUAUUUGCACCACUGAAGAGGGCCAGACAUGUCAUGGAUAACGCGCCGGUUGAGUUGCUUGCAGUUGUCUCUGAAAUCAACGCGAACUUCGUUCGGAACUUCAAUGGCCAUUUAGCAGAGACGACUUAG